GGAGAAACGUAGGCUGGAUCUGGAGUUCUUCACAAGCCUCUUGGAGAAGAUCUUGGGCAUUGAGGCGAAGAGUAACAAAAACAGCAAGUCCCCCACGGAGAAGAAAGUGAUCAAGAAAAAUAAGAGAAAACCAAAAGAAAAGAAAGCAGCGAAUCAGCUGAGUGACAUGGAGGAGGAGAGGUGAGAUGCYGAGAUGGACAGCGACGAGGUGGAGGGAGAGAAGGAGAACGUCUCUAACGUAGGGAACACACCUGCCGCUGACUCCACCACCCCCAAGAGAAAACGCAAAAGGAAGGAUGGAGGAGAGUCCUCCCCUAAAAAAGCAAUGUAUGGAAAGAAAAAGAAGAGCAGCAACCUGAUAACAAGUGAUCAAGAAGAGGCUGGAGUACCGGAAGGUGAAGUACCUGAGGACCAGUCACCUGCUGAAAGUUCAAAGCAAGCGGAAGGGCCAGUGGAAGGAGACAAGGGUCAUGUGGAGAUCAAACCAGCCCAGCUGUCCCGUGGUCGACCCCAGAGACCUCUCCCUAACCUGGGGAGGAAGUGGGGCCAGAGAGGCCUGCAUCCCAAGACCAAGCCUAAAGAUAAAGAUGGGCCCACACCUGUGGAGGAGGAGAACACUGAAGAAGGAGUUUCUAAGGAACAGGUUGAUAAAGCUGCUUCGUCGAAAGUCAGUCAAAAGAAGAAGAAGAAAGCUGGUGAUGUCUCUUCAUCUGAGGAAGAGGAGGAAGAAGCCAACGAUAAACCCAUCAAAUCCACCAGGUAUGGUAGAAUACCCCAAAAGACACAGCUCCUGAAUUACCCUGCAAAGGAGGAGGGGGACUUGCCGUCUGACUCUGCCCCCGCUCCUGCCUCAAACGGAUCCCCAUCCACUUCCUCCUCAUCCACCAAGCUGAAAGCCAAACCACCAACCAGAAGGGCCAAAAUCAAACCUGGCCCCGCCCUGCCAGGUAGGAAGGGCCAAUCAGUGGCCCGGAAACCCAAGCUGAUAACCCUGAGGGCCUCCCAGUCUGAAGAUGAUGAUGAGGAGGGAGGAAGAGAACAGAAGGAGGAGGCACAGGCCCAGGAAGACCACCACAAUCCCACAAGUUCCGGGGAGGAGAACCAGGCGCAAGCGUUUGUUCCUAUGAGCCUUCGCUCGCCACAACCCGUCGCCACAGAGGUUGAGGAGAACAUGGAGGAGCUUGAUAUCGCCACCAAUCUGCCUGACAUCCUGGCUCUAUCCCAGGAUGCAUUCUGUCCUGACUUGUCAUGCGAUCAGGCGCAGGGUGAAAUGGGCACAGUGCCCUGUGAACAUCAGUUGGACCUGUUAGUAGUAAGUCAUCAUGUGCCCUGUCUUGUGUGGACAAAAUGUGUUUCCCUAUACGUCAGGAGUAUUCAACCGGGGGUACUGCAGGGGGAUGUAAUUGACUUCCUGUCUCCAGAUAACAUGGAAGUGUCUGAGGAGAGCUACAACGAGGCAGCUAGAAGCUUACUGGCCAUCGGCAAUCUCACCCACCUGUCUCAGGCUGCUGAAGCCUGCACUGCAGCAGAUGAUUUCAUCACUGAAGAAUGUUCCAAUGAGGAACAACAGUACCAGAUGUCAUCACAGCCCGCUGACCAAUCACAAACUAGCACKACUCCUUCUGAAUCUCUGACCUUUGGGUCGCUGAGGCAUCCCUGA